CCCAAGUUCCAAUCUCCUAGCAGCAUAGCACCCUCCAUGAUAAUUCCUCCUCCUCCAGUCCAAACUCGUCGUCGGAUUCUCUUGUGGCACUAAACUGACUCACUUAACUCACUCCUCAGUCAGUAGUGGAAGAUCAUCCCACAAGAGCCACCCGGGAAAGAAUUGAAGGCAUUGGCUGCGGCGGUUUGAAAGUGUCCAAAGUGUGAUAUACAUAUAUAUUUUUUCUCUCUCUAUAUAUAUACACAUGUAUAUAUACUCUUCAAUUGCUUAAACGGAAGGACAAGUGCGACAGCCCAGAAGCCCUUGAUAUCAACUAACACCGUUUGGAUCAUGUUGGGUUUUCACGGUUGCUGAAAUUAGAGCAGCCCCUCCCACCUAUCUCCGCCUCGUUCUUGUGGUCCCUUUGCUACCUUGAACCGACUAGGAUGUGUUGUGACCCGUUGCGUGGGGACUGGGAUGGAUGCUGAGUCCCACCCACCCUCUGGGACCAGAUCCCCUGUGCCGUCUGCCAUAACAAUACCCAUGAUGCGGCGUCUUCCAGGGUCAAAGAAGAUUGCCGCUUGCCCUACUCUCAAUCCUCGUCAUCUUCAUCCUCUUCAUUAUGCUCGUCAUCCCCGUUGGUAUCGUGCUCGCCGAGGUCGCCUCUGGUAGAUGAUGGUUCGAGGGACAAUCCCGGGCACAUCCAGUCCAAUGUCAGGUUAAGAGUGUCCUUGCCAGCUCCCAAGUGUCAUCUGGAUCCGAUCGCCAGGCCGCCGAGCAAGAUGAACAUCUCCUCCCGUCCCAGCUUUAGUCAAAUAACCCCAUUCUCACUUGUGGUGCUAGUCUGUUUCGCGUUCCUGUGCCUUCCCCAUAAUGCAGAGAGUUGCUCAUCGCGCUCCACCCCGAAGCCACGCCCACCCAGUCAAAGUGCCAUCCGUCCCAAUAUCACGUUUCAAACCUACGCAUGUCCGCCCGCAUAUGCGGCCUGGUAUUGCUUGAAUGGGGCCACCUGUUUCACGGUGAAAAUCGCUGACUCCAUCCUCUACAAUUGCGAAUGCGCCGAUGGAUACAUGGGUCAACGCUGCGAAUUCAAAGACCUAGAUGGCACUUACUUGCCCACCCGAGAGCGCUUCUUGAUGUUGAGGAACUCGCGUGUGGGUCAGGCCAUGAUCUUGGUGCUAACCAUUGUCAUCACAGCCGUGAUCAUCAGUGCCAUUGUGACGAAGAUGAGAACACGGAGCAAGCUCCGAAAUUUGGCUGCGGAGGCAGCAGAACUACAGCAGCAGAACCAAUAUCGCAUGAGUGGAGACUCCAUAUUCAGUAUCGGGAUGAGUGAGUCCAGCACUCCUGGUCACGAUGUGAUGGGACAAUCCAUCUCGUACCAAUUGUCUGCCAGUUGUCAUGAUAACUCGCCCUAUCAGCUCUGGCCUCGUCGACCAGAUCAGAAUGUACCUCGGAUUAGAGGUAGUGGAACGACCGUCCUGAUGGAUGAGACUUCGUUUUGUAAUCAAAGGACAUCAUUGUCCUCCUCCUCAGCCAGCUUAACCACAGCCAGACGCGCUCCUAUGAUGCAGAGCCGAAUCUCCUAAGCUUUAGGAACUACCAUAUUGUAAUCGCAAACCAUCCGUCCAAGUGGAUCAAGAUGAACCACCGACUUGUGCGGAGCCGUCCACUUUUAACACACAUAUUCCUGCUAUUAUUCCUUUUAUGCUGAUAACGACGAAAACAACCGCUAAUAGUACUUUUACCAAUUCUAUUAUGACAACAACUGCAACAAAUACAUUACCAAACUAACUUCCCUCCCCAUCCACCAAACCCAAUCCUUGCUUCUUGAUUGAUCUCAACUAAUAAUUGUGAUUUGUUUACCCACAGCACCAUUUUUUUGAAUCAUAUAAAAAAUGCCGUUGUGUGUAGUACCAUUCGAUAGGACGAAAUCACAGCCCCCGCCCACCCUCUCUUACGACACUAGUAUCGUUAAUCAAUGCUUAUAUUAUGCUCAAUAAUAAACCUUAUAAUCCACA